UGUUUUAGUUGCCAGCAGUGGCGGUGGAGUCUGUGUGCUUUAUCGACCGUUCCGACGCGACCAUUCAUGACAUUUUACGUGAUAUCUAGAUUUAUAUAUACAGUAUCCGAGUUAGCCUAGUGGCCAAGCAUUUAUGACAUUCUACGUGAUAUCUAGAUUUGAAGUCACUUUGUUAAAACACGAUUUGUAUCAAAUUUUUCAAAAGACAGAUAGAUUUUUAUGUACAGUUUUUGAGUUGCGUGAUAAUAAAUGGAGGGUGGUAGCGGCGGAUCGCCUGCGGCUACGGCAACUUGUCGCAUGCUCCGCUCCCCGUCGCACGAGUCUGUCACCACCGAUCUGUCGCUGUUCUCCGUCUCGUCGCUAGCGACAUCCGACGCGGCCGCGCGACCCGCGUCGCAAUCGCUUGUGCGCUUCAAGCCGUCCGAUCUCGUCCGGGGACCCAGUCCGAACCCAGACAAGAGUCUCACACCGGCCAGACCCCCGGACAUCCCAGAAAUCCACUGGUUCGAAGAGGAGAACGACUUGAUCCGUAGCUGCGCAGCUCUUAGCUCAGCGCUAGGACUGCAGAAGAGCUUCAGUACAUCGGACAUCAGUCAGCUGCCGGCCGCUAACUCGAAUGCGGCGCCAGUCGCUAAUGCGAUCCCGGUCGCAGGUGCGACUCUCGGUCGUAGCUGGGCCGUUUCCGAGUUGGCACUCAGUACAGUGCAACGAUGCAGUUUCCUGAGCGAUCACCCGCGCCUAGAGCACGCCUCCCGCUCGUGUUCGACGUGGGUGGCCGUGGGUGACGUGGCCUCCACCUCCCAGCUGCCCUCACCACACGGUGGCCACUCAACCAGUGGCGCCGCCUCCGCAACCGCCUCCGCAGCCACCUCCACUGCUGCCUCCGCUACCGCAAACAGUCUACCGCCCCCGCAACCACCGGCCCCGUCCUUCACACCCGCCGACCUCAUUAGAUCCGUCAACAAGAAAGUGCGACAGAACUACAUCAGACGCCGGCUGAUGACAACGUACAAGGCGCUCGAACGCCUGUCGCAGAGCGAGUUCAACCUGGACCGCCUAGAGGUGGCGGCAGCCGCAGCUGCGGUGCCACAACCGCAGGGAGUGCAAGUGCACCUGAGGGUCCCCGGUGCAGCUGCACCACCGACUGCAGCCGUUGCAGCGGCCACUUUGCUUCGUGUGGUGGCAACCAACACCAACAAUCUGCCUCUGACCAUCACCGACGUGGAACGGGAACGCGGCAAGCCGCUCUCCAAGUACGACCGAAACAUGAUGAUAUUCAACUGGCUCCACACGCUUGACAACUCUUCAUUCGAAGGUAUUCAGUGGGAGUGAGACAGUUCCAUCGGAUAGGCAUCCAGUGGGAGUGAGACAGUAGGCUAAAAUCGUCACAAAUUGUGUCAAAGUGCUGUGAGUUUUCAGUGCUAGAAAUUGUGUUUGAAAGAACGAUGAUAUUCAACCGGCUCCACACGCUUGACAACUAAUCCUUCGAAGGUAUUCAGUAGGAGUGAGACAGUUCCAUCGGAUAGGCAUGCAGUGGGAGUGAAACAGUAGGCUAAAAUCGUCACAAAUUGUGUCAAAGUGCUGUGAGUUUUCAGUGCUAGAAAUUGUGUUUGAAAGAGCGUGAUAUUCAACCGGCUCCACACGCUUGACAAUUAAUCCUUCGAAGGUAUUCAGUGGGAGUGAGGCAGUUCCAUCGGAUAGGCAUACAGUUAGAGUGAGACAGUAGGCUAAAAUCGUCACAAAUUGUGUCACAGUGCUGUGAGAUUUGGAAUAGCAGUUCCAAAUCAAGGCUAGAAAUUGUGUUGAAAAGAGCAAAAUGUGUCCAAAGCAGUUAUGGAAAUUGUGUUUGAAAGAGCGAUGAUAUUCAACCGGCUCCACACGCUUGACAACUCCUCCUUCGAAGGUAUUCAGUGGGAGUGAGACAGUUCCAUCGGAUAGGCAUACAGUGGGAGUGAAACAGUAGGCUAAACUCGUCACAAAUUGUGUCAAAGUGCUGUGAGUUUUCAGUGCUAGAAAUUGUGUUUGAAAGAGCGUGAUGUUCAACCGGCUCCACACACUUGACAACUAAUCCUUCAGUGGGAGUGAGAUAGUUCCAUCGGAUAGGCAAUCCGUGGGAGUGACACAGUUCCAUCGGAUAGGCAUACAGUGGGAGUGAGACAGUAGCCUAAACUCGUCACAAAUCGUGUCAAAAAGUGCUGUGAACUUUAGAAUAGAAGUUACAAGUGAUAGAAAUUGUGUGAAGAUCAGAUAGUUAGUCCAAGAAACGUUCCAGAAAGUUCUAUAAGUUCCAAUGUGGCAAUAUUGGUACAAGAUCGUUUCCAAAGCAGUGUUAGAAAAGAGGGGUUCAACGCAGUGCUAGAAAUUAUUUUGGAAAGAGUAAGUGGGGCUCCAAAGCAGAUCUGGAAAUAAUUGUGUGAUAUUCAACCGGCUCCACACGCUUGACAACUCCUCCUUCGAGGGUAUUCAGUUUUCGAAUAGCAGAGGAGCGGUCACAUAUCAGUGCUAGAAAUGGUGUGAGCGUGCUGAAGUCAGUUUAAAAGAGUUCUACUGAGUUCAAAAGAGUUCUAAAAGUUUGAGACCGCCCUUGUUCUGCUGUUAUUUUAUCUAUAAUUUUCGAGAAAUGUAGUUCGUCUGAUACACAAUUUCAUCGAAACAAGUCAACCUUAUAAGAGAGGAAAGAAAACUUUCCAAACCCUCACUAUACAUUCCAUAUUUAUUUCGUUAUUUUAGCAGAUUAUAUUCUUCAAUGUGUGAUAUAGUUAUUGAAUCAAUAUCCUCCUUCAUCACAGUAGCCUAUAUAUUCCUGUGAUUGGGUUGUGAAAUAUUGACGUGUCUUCUUAUGAAUGUAAAGUAAAAUAUUGUACUAUUGUAGACUAGUAAUCUCUUGCGAUGCCAUGACAGCUUGGUGAAUGGAAUCUUCUAGAAGACCUCCAAGCUAUGUCCUCUGUAUUAAUAAGGCCGUGCAUUUGUGUGAUAAUUGAAUUUUACUGUUACUAUAUUGGGCUCAGCAGAAAUAAAAUCUAUAUUUCAUUUUCGUAGCAUUACUUACACCAAAACAUGAGGAAAAUAAUUAUUGUUUUCAAUUAAAAGCAAGCAACUGUAAUAUAAGUCUAAAGAAUGAAGAAGCUCACUAUUAUAUUCAAAUAUGAAGUUAUGCUGCUCUAAAUUUACAUGAAAUUACAAUCAAUAAAACUGUUAUCAACCUUGAACAGCUAGUAUAUAAUUAUAAAAUUUCUAAUUCCAGUAGAAAAAGUUUAUAUUUUGUUAUUGUUUGUAUGUUUGUUUUAUUAUUGUUGAAUUUGUAGAUAUAGUGAAGUCGAAUAAGAAUCAUUUCUCAAUCUAAUUCAAAUUUGUUAGAAGGUCAUCAGUGUGUAAUUUUAUUUUGGUUUUGCAUCUUUUUUUGACAAACAUCUUCAUUGAAACUCUAAUGUGUCGGUUGCACAAAAGCCGGUUAAAUUUAAUCGUGAUUAAUUCCACGUGAACCAAUCAGAGAAGCCGUCUUUUGAAAAAUACCUUCUCUGAUUGGUUCUCGUGGUAUUAAUCACGGUUAAAAUUCAACCGGCUUUUGUGCAACCAUCACUAUAUCUUUUUAUGAAUGUCUUCUUUCGCAUUUUCUUCAUCCCACCGUGGUUAAUUUCUUCUUAUUUCUGAGUAAUGUAUUUUAUGGAUCAAUUAUUUUUUCUGACACUUUUACGCUGCCACUUAACUGGGUGAUACAAACACAAGUCAAUGAAUCCGACCUCACAAUACAUAUCUUUCUCGUUCAAUAGUUGCAAUCAAUAUUUUAAUAUUUUAGCAUUUAAUUCUUACCUGAAUGGGUUUCCCGUGCAUCACACCUCUCAUGUGAUAUUGAAGUCUGAAUGAACAAAACGCUAUUUCAUGAUUGCAUUUUAUCUUUCCCUUGUUCAUGAAUUUACAUUGAAUUUAUUGAGCACUACUUGAAAAUAAUAUUGAUUGGUGUAUAGGUCGAUUGCUCACUGCGAAUACCGUAUCUAGCAAAAGUAGAGUAGAUCUUCAUUAAUGGAGAUUGAUUGAUUGAUAUUUCACUAGCUCACACUUGCUGUAGAAAAAAAUGUCGUGAAAUUAGAAGUGAAUAAAGAGUGACCUUCCAAAAGUUCUAUGUCACUGAGGUUGGAAUGAGAUGAGAGAAUGUGGGAAUAGUUAUUUGUGCAACUAGUGCGCAAAGUGACAGUUUGCUGCACCGAAAGAAACGUUUACGCCCGAGCCGUAGGCGAGGGCGGAAUGGUUUCUUGAG